AUGCAAGCAAAUUACGAUUUCGCUGACAGACGCAUUCUUGUCACUGGAGCCAGUCAAGGAAUCGGAAAAGAAAUCUGUCUAUCUUUGGCCAAAUCUGGAGCGCAAGUGAUCGCAUUCGCAAGAAAUGAAGCGAACUUGUUGAGUCUCGUCAAGGAAACAACUUCAUUGAGACACACAAUCAUUCCAAUUGUUGGAGACGUCAGUGCCAACGAAGAAGUUCUUUUCAAACUCAUUGUUCCAUAUUUCCCUAUUCACGGACUUGUGAAUAAUGCUGGAAUUGCAACGAAUCAUGCUAUUGGACAAAUCACACAACAAUCUAUUGAUAGAACUUUUGCCGUGAAUGUUCGUGGACCAAUCCUCAUCGCUCAACUUGUCGCCAGAAACUUUGUCGACAGACAAAUCAAAGGAUCCAUUGUAAAUAUCUCAUCUCAAGCUGCGAUCCGUCCAUUGGAUAACCACACUGUUUACUGCGCUUCGAAAGCAGCUCUCGAUAUGGUUACUCGAUGCUUGGCAAACGAAUUGGGAUCACAGAAUAUUCGAGUUAAUAGUGUCAAUCCAACUGUCGUGAUGACUGAUAUGGGAAGAGAUAACUGGAGUGACCCUGAAAAGAAGAAGAAGAUGCUCGAUAGAAUGCCAAUCAAAAGAUUCGCUGAAGUUGAUGAAGUGGUCAAUGCUGUUCUCUUCUUGCUCUCAGAUAAUGCAUCAAUGACAACUGGAUCCGCUUUGCCUGUUGACGGUGGAUUCUCGAACAACUAA